AAAAGCAACAAAAAAUUAAAAAAAAAUGAUUUAUAUAGUUGUAGUCUUUGCAGCAGUUCUUCAAAUAAAAUGUGAACUAAACGGAGUUCAUUCAGCAUCCGGAAAUGAAAUUUUAUAUGGUUGUCACAAAUCAAAAUGCUAUGCUUAUUGCAGUUUCAUGGCUGCUUAUAUUAAAAACCCGAAUAGCAAGAAGAUUGAUAAAACUUGGUGGUGUUAUACAAACAAAAAUAAAACUGGCGGUAUUAAAAAAUGUACCACCGAUAAAGAUUGUAAUGGGAAUUACUAUCAAUGUGUAUCCCCGUGUUACCUUAAAAAGUUUAUUAAAAUAUUUAAAAAAAUGACGAUGCACUAGAUAAUGUAAUGUCAUAAAUAUUUAAAUUCAAAAUUAAGUAAAACUAAAGUAAAUUACUAUUAUUGUGAAA